UCAUCUUUUGGGCAGGUGGUGGCUAUGGGGCGAUGUAACACGACCACCGUUGGACCCUGGCACUCACACUGACCACCCUCCCGUUUUGGCCGACCUGUGAUGCGCGCAGUGGAGAGCCCCGCCAUUAUACCACCCACGCACUGCCGAAGGAGGAGAAGCCCACUCACGCAUCAUCCCCAUUAUCUUGCUCGAUAUCACGCACUCGAUCGCCCACCCUGGGCCUGUUCUGGUCCCCCGCAGGUCCAUGUUCACGAUAUGCCGCACAUCGCAGGCCUAUAAGACGGCGAUGGGGGGCCGUCGGGGAGCGAGGGCUCGACCCUUCUUGCCGUCCUCAGCCCGCGCUGCCUCAGUCCGAGUGACAACCUGCUCCUAACCGCCCGCUCCCCGUCGCCAUGGUUCACUGGAGAACUGCCUUGGGUACCGCCCUCGUCGCGGCCUCAGCUUCGGCUAGCCCCGUCACUCGCCGCAGCGAGAUUCCGCCAGCCGCACCCCCCGUCGCGGAACAUGUUAUCGUUCCGGGCGCAUACAUCGCCGAGUUGGCCGACGAGGGCACCGGCAGAUUCCUCGAUUACGUUGAAAAUAGAGCAGGUCUUGGGAAUGUAACGGAGCGCUUCAGGUUCGGGUCGCGCGCUUUCAAGGGCGUGUCCUUUCACCUUGAUAGCUCCGGCGGGCCCGAGGAAAGCGCCGAGGCCAAGUUCCGGCGCAUCAGCGAGCUGCCUCAAGUAAAGAACCUCUGGCCAGUCACCGUGGUGCCCAUGCCAAAACCUGAGGUGCACUGGACCGCCGCCGGCACGCCCCUGGCCGACGUGCAUCGACGUGCCGCGGCCGCCGUCGGGGGCAACUAUUCCCCUCACGUCCAGACGCAGGUCGACCGACUGCUAGCCGAGGGGCUCACGGGCAAGGGCCUUCGCAUCGGCAUCGUUGACACGGGCGUCGACUACACUCACCCGGCUCUGGGCGGCUGCUUCGGCCCCGGCUGUGUGGUCGAGUAUGGGGCCGACUUGGUCGGCGAUGACUACAAUGGGGACAACACGCCUGUGCCUGACGCCGAUCCCAUGGAUGCCUGUGUUGGUCAUGGCACACACGUCGCCGGCAUCAUCGCUGCCAGAGAGAACCCGCUUGGUUUCCGCGGGGCUGCCCCCGGCGCCAAGCUUGGCAUGUACCGCGUUUUUGGCUGCACGGGCGGCUCUGGCCUCGACGUGAUCCUGCAGGCCAUUCUUCGCGCUUUCGACGAUGGAAGCGACAUCAUCACGGGCUCGCUGGGCCGGGCCGCGGCCGGCUGGGCCAGCGACCCUCUGUCUGUGGCGGUUUCGCGCAUUGUCGACCUUGGCGUGCCUUGCACUUUCGCCGUUGGUAACCGGGUGGGCGGCGCCGAAGGUGUUUUCGGCGUCAGCGCACCGGCAAGUGGCCCGGGCGUGAUGGGCAUUACAUCGUUCCAGAAUUCGGAGACGCCAACCUACGAUACCGCCACGGGCCAGUACUCGUCGGUGCCCAACCCUGCCAGCGGCGGCUUGGUGAGCCUGUUUGGUCUCUGGGGCUCGACCUUCGAGCUGACCAUGAAGCCUCAGUUUGGUGCCCCAGGGGGGAGCAUUAUAUCAACCUAUCCCGUGUCCAUGGGCAGCUACGAGGUGGCAAGUGGCACUUCGAUGUCGACUCCUCUGGCGGCCGGCAUUGUGGCUUUGAUCAUGGAGGCCCGCGGGACUAGGGACAGCGCAUUGAUAACACGGCUCCUUUCGACGACGGCCAAGCCGAAUGUUGGCAUCGACUGGCUCACCCAAGGUCCCACUCCCGGAAUCGUUCCGGUGCCAUGGCAGGGCGCGGGAAUGAUACAAGCCUACGACGCAGUGCAUGCGACGGCGCUCCUCAGCGUGCCUGCCUUGGAGUUGAUGGACAAGGCCCGCUUCAACCCCAACGUCUCCUUCACUGUCACCAACCUAGGCAACACGCCUGUGACGUACAAGCUUUCGCACACCCCGCCCUUACGGCUGCGACUCUCAACCCGGUGUAUCGCUCGUCGGCCCCAGACCUAUACCCGUACUACGCGACGCUCAAAUUCCAGACCGAGAGCGUGACGAUAGAGCCCAACUCGAGCGCCGAGGUCCGCCUCACCAUCUCGCCGCCCACCCAGCUUGCCGAAAAUCUUCUCCCCUUCUACUCGGGCUGGGUCGUCCUCAACGGCACUGGUGCCACCGGGAGCCAGGCUACAUCGCUUUCGCUCCCCUACUUUGGGACCACGGCUUCCAUGGUGGACAUGAAGGUGCUAGCAUCGGACCGCAUAUGGCUGUCACGAAGCGACGAGCCUCGUUUCCCGCAGGUAGCAAACGGAACCACUUUUCAGCUGCCCGCCCCGGCUAGCCAUCCCGAGUGGGCGCAGCCGGUGCUCAACGGCUCCGCGACAGCCCUUCCCGCUGGCGUUAUGCCUUCGACGUUUGAUUGGAUCCUGCUGGGCAGCAAGGAGGUGCGGAUCGAGGCAGUGCCCGUGGUGGCGGCGGGCACUGCUGCCAAGGACAACGGGCUCGGAAUGCUGACCCUAGGGAGCAUUGCCGGCUACCCGGUAUUCGGUGUUGGGCCUGGAAGCCGAAUGAAGAACUGGGAUGGGCAACUGGCUGAUGGCACCCACGCGCCUGCUGGGCGAUACACCCUUACGGUCCUCGUACUCAAGCUCAACGGUGACGCUGGUAAGCUGGCCGGCUAUGACCGUUUCGACUAUGUCGAGAUCAGCAUCCGUUACGUCUAGGAAGCGAGUUCGACGAGGCGAUGGUGGUUAUGGAACAAGAGAAAUUCGCCCAGGGUAUCUGUCUGCGCCCAAGUGGUACCUGGGUAGUAUAUAUCGUGCAAAUCAAAUGACUCUUCCAUCUAGUCUUGUACCACCAACCCACCCAUCC